AUGUUAAUUAGUAUUUUCAAUUCAAAUAAUAAUCAUGAACAAUCCACAACUGAAAUUGAUGGUCAAUUUGUACAAUCACAAUUACUAAUUACUUCUCUUCUUAAAAUGAAGACAACGUCAAGAGAUAAAGAUGAAUUUAUAUGUAAAUGUCGAGAACUCUAUAAAGAUGAUAAGACACAACUACAUUUCGUUGAUGAAUUCGAACGAGAUUAUUCAUCAGACUUUUCAUUGUGGUGGUAUACAAGAGAAACAUUUCUCUAUCGUUUAUUGAAUAAAGCACUUCGUGUUCAGGAUACUGAUUUAUUAUUUUAUUCCGCUCAACUAAUGUCUAUUGAAGAAUUAAAUUUAUUGAGAGAUUCAAAAAAUAAACUGAUUUCAAUGAAUUCAUUUCUAUCAACUACUCGUAAUCUUAAAUUAGCUCUUGUCUAUUUCGAUCCAUCUACUAAUGAUGAUAAAUUUCAAAGAGUUCUAUUCGAUAUUAACGCCGAUCCUGGUCAAGACAGUAUAAAACCAUUUGCUGAUAUUUCAAAAAUUAGUGUGUUUCAACUAGGACUAUAA